AUGAUAACUGAUGAGGAAAUUAUAGAAUUAAUGAAAGAACCAGAAGUAGAACCAAAUAAUGAAGAACCAGAAAUUCCUAUUAUCAGUAAUUAUGAAGCACUAGUAGCACUUAACCAAAUAAUCAUAUAUGCAGAACAAAAAUCUUAUAAAAUUGAUUUUCCAAAGGAUCAAAUUCAGAAUGCAGAUAAGGCUAAUACUAGUAAAGAAUAA